CUUCGUUCUGAUAUAGGUCAUACAAAAUUAUGAAAUUUUUGCUAUUAUUUUUAAUUAACUGACCUGCGGCUGAAUCUUAAAGCAACAAGUUAUAAAAUAUCGACACUGCCAUCCGUUACUUGAUUUAUAAAAUGGAUGGUGGUCGAGCAAAAGGCAGUUCCAAACCAAAUGAAAAUAUUACGAAUAAAAAUGAAGAACCAUUAGGAUUAAAUACAAAAAUUGCUCUUGAAACAUUACAACGUGACGUUAGAAGAGUGUUACAGGAAUAUGAAGAAGAAUACAAAAGAAAUAAAAAAUAUAAAGCUUGGCUAAAGGACACCUUACAUCAUCGUAGUCAGUACACAACUCUUUGUUGGACUUCAGCAAUUGCACUUUUGAUCAAUGCCAUUAUCCUUAUUAUUACAUUCUUCACAAUCAACGAUACAUGGUAUCCUACACUGCCUUAUGAAGGACUGACUGUCUGCUGUCUAGUAGUGUUAAAUUUUAUUUUAGUUGUAUCCGAUAAUAAAUUACGACACGAAGAAAUUCCUUAUAGAGUCCGAGUUCUUCUCGACCAAUUAGAAGUGGCAAAGAAUACUUCUCAGUGGAAUCCGGAAAAUUAUCCACAUUUGUGCAGUCCAUUGUCUCCUUGUCUGACUCUGCAGUGGACUUAUCGCGAUGGUCACAUAGUUAAUUUACCCUGGGCAUUACUAGUUGCUGGUGAUAUAAUUGUUAUAAAACCUGGACAACAAGCACCUGGAUAUUGUGUCCCUUACGAUGAUGCUGAGGCACCAGUGCUACAUACAAGAGAAGUAUACAGUCCGCAGGUCCACAGCGCAAAUGAAAUUUUUUCAACGCCGCAAGCUCGAUUACCGUUAAAAAAUAAGAUCUAUAAACUUCAAGAAACCCCUUAUUUGAUGAACCUUAGAAUGGCUUUUGACCAAGCUCUCAAUAGGCCGGUUACAUAUCACAAUCGUAAACGGCAUCUCUUAAUGAUUUGUUGCAUCGAACAACUAGCUUAUCCAAUUCUUUUAAUCAUUGUGUUACUUGUCAAUUUGUUUCGAUACUUAUACGUGACAGAAUAUUUCGGUGUUGGUUAUUGGAAUGAGAUGUUUUUACUUCAACCAAUUGCUAUUAGUAUACCUUUGCUUCCGUUAGUAUUUCCGACUUGUUGGAUUUUUUUAAAUUGUUUCGGAAUGGCUCGUUUCAAAGCUCUGUUUAAGCUUUAUCAAUCUUCGAAAAAACUUCAGUUUGUGGAUCCUUUCGAAGAUGCAGAUAUUUCUGGACCUAGUCAUCCAGAAGUAGUGUACAAUUGGUUGGAAUUAAAAGAGUACUUUUUCAGUAUUCUAUUUGGUAAAGAGCACAUGAUGUCAAGAUCUGCCAGUAUUCUACAUGUUUUAGGAUCAGUCACGGCACUGUGCUGCGUAGAUAAAAAAGGGAUUCUUUCGUGGCCUAAUCCGACCGCAGAAAAAGUAUUUUUUUUACGAAAUGCUAAUACUCUGUCCCCGUCGUCAAGUAUCGGUAGUCUAGAUAGAACGCCGGAACCUCAGUGUCAGACACAAACUGAAGACUCCAAACAAGAUUCAAAUAAAACUUCAUAUAUAACGCAUGACAUGUCUCAUUCAACAGCCGAAGUUUUGGAUUUGACUCACGAUCAUGCUUUGCCAUUUCGUCUACAGUUUGACGAUCAUUCCUGGAGGCAACAUUUGAACUCGUUAAAACCUCUAGGUUUAGCCAUCCUCCUCAACACGUGUAAUAUGGACACGCAAGAGCAUUAUAUGCAGUUUUGUUGCCAUGUCACAUGUGAAGCUCUAUAUAAUGAGAAUCUUGUACCGGUUACGAACAGACGCUACCAGGAUCACAAUGUAGAAGAUAAGAGUGGGUAUCAGGCAAAAGAUACAAUGCAAAGUUCAAGACAGGUGUAUUUAGUCGACGAAUCAGGGAGCCUUGGACAUAUGUGGUGUCUAUGCGAAUUAGCGAAGCAGAUAGGUUUCCAAGACCAGGCGCAAAAUAUAUUUCAAUUGGAGCAACAGUUGUCUACGUUUAGACAUGUCCAACCGGAAAUGGUUCGACGAGAUAUAAAGUUCGCACGAUCUUUAAGCAUCGCAACAAAAUUAAAAUUUCCAUUUCCACACAUGGUCGCCGUGGUAGUUAGAGAACGAACCGGCGGCGGUUUACAAUUGCUAACACAGGGUACAGCAGACAUAAUUUUAGAUUCCUGUAUCGAAUUUUGGGACGGCCAUGAUCUCUGUCCACUUUCAGCAUCAGAUAGAAAAAAGGUGCAAGAUUUUUAUCAAAGAACCAGUCUAACGUCCUAUUGCACUGCAUUUGCAUAUAGGCCAUUGACGCGUGGUAUUUGCGAUAAAAUGUCUAAAAUAUAUCUGGAGCUUCCCGCGGACAGCAAACAUUUGUACGCACCUCAUAGAAGUCCUACCCCAUUACCUUGGGAUUUUAGGAACGUUCUUGAUCCUAGAGUGAAAGGCAUACUUGGACAAUUUCAUUCAACCGAUUCCUUGCUGUGUAAUGAGAACAAAGACGAUAAUGUAAGCGAUGUGGACAGUUGCUUCGAAAUUCAAUGCAAUCAAGUCUUCAUUGGGAUGGUGACUAUGCAAUACCAAGCGCAAACGGAUAUGGUACAAUUGAUCGAGCAAUUAGACAGAGCCUGCAUCCGAUUUGUUCACUUCAGUAAAGAGAACGAACUAAGAUCGCGCGUGUUCUCGGAGAAAAUGGGGCUCGAAAGCGGAUGGAACUGUCACAUAUCGUUGCUCAGUGAAAGAGCUAGGAGACAGCAAUGGCUGGAGAGAUAUCCACACAUGCCCCCAUCGUAUAUGUCCGAGAGUCCAGUGGGUUGGUGGGUGAGCCAGGCAGCAGCCAUGUCCUCACCCACUCCCUCGGCCCAAUCUCAUCAGCAUAAUUACUCCUGCAUGGAUGAGGCCAGCCACUUGCUUAAUCGUGUCUCUCCUCGCACAAAUUUGGAUAAUAGCCGUGCCAUGAGCAUGUCCGCGCCAAGCGCCAUAAACACCGAUUUCUCUACGGUGAAAUUUGACGACGAGACCACGGAGUGGAACGAUACCGGGACGUCUCAAGUGAAAAGUGCCAUGAGCCACAGGGAGCAGGACACAGUGAGAAGCGAAGACAGCGUGCUUGUACAAAGUGUAGAUUUAGGCUCCGGGCAGGAAGCAUGGCGGUCUUUAAGUUGCCUUACGGAUAGCACGGAGCAAAGUGCUCCUGUAAAUUUUGAUUUAUCAAACAGAGCAAAACUACCCCGAGGCAUUGACAAAAUUCGACCGCACAUAGAACUGAUAGACAAUGUACCUCUUUUGGUGUCUCUGUUCACCGACUGCAACACCACUGUUACAAGGGAAAUGUUGCACAUUAUGCAAGAUUACGGAGAGGUUGUCUGCGUGCUUGGCUCCUCAGCCAACGCAGAGAACAUGCCAAUCUUUAUGCAAGCGGAUGCAGGAGUGGCUAUGGAACCGUUAUAUCCACAAGUUUGUCAAAGAGUUCCGGUAUUGAUACCAACUAGAGAAGACCAAGGUCCAUCCCCAGUCGAUUUGAGCAGAGCACUGAAUUCUGUUGCCUGUUCGUUAAGCGUUAAACGAGAAGAUCCAAUUGCGAUUUUCCAUUUAAUUAUGGAGGCUCGGCAUUACAUGACAUGCCUUUGGAAUUGCGUACAAUUCUGGCUCUGUUGUACAAUUACUCUUUCCUUCACUCAAGCUCUGUCUGGUUUCUUGCUGCUACCGCCACUAUUUUCAGUCGAUCAAGUCUUAUGGUUGUGUUGCUUAAUCAUUCCAAUGUUGUCUAUAUCCAUGAUCGCAACGCCUAUGGAUCCUACUAUAAUGCAACGUGCAACUGGCAAAAAUCAGUGCACUGUAAACGGUCAGAUUGCAUUGUUCGUUUUAUGGUGUUACGGCAGCAAAUUCUUGCCAACGGUCAUAACGAUAGUACUGUCGCAGUGUAUUUCGUUUCUGACUUUGUGCCCUACUUACACAACAGACUCCAAGUGCCUGUAUGUGUACCCGAAUGCACAGGGAAAUGUUUCAUGGGGCGGUUGGGGAGAUAAACCAAAUAUUAUUUUAGUAAUACAACAUUUUGCCUUGUCUCUGUUAGUUUUACAUUUAGUAACGAUAUCCGUAGGCUUUGUACAUAGAGAGUAUUCCAUUUGGAAGAAACAGCCAUUUAAUAAUUACGUAUGGUUCUUCGGUGCAUUUAUAGCAUUAUGCGCACAAGCAGCAUUUUCAGGAACUGUGUUCUGUAAAUUUUGGAAAGACGAGGGGCAAAGUAUCGAGGAUUUUCCCCUACAUCUCCCUCUGUUCUUCUUAAUUUCAUUGCCGCUGAUUUUUGCAAUAAACGAACUGAUCAAAUGGCAAGAGAUUAAGGUGAACGUGAGAUAUCAAAAGAGAGCACGGCUUGAAUUUGGUACAAAACUUGGAAUGAAUUCACCGUUUUAGAGUAUUUUUAUUUUAAACAAGAGAUGAAAGGACAACAAAUAGCCAAAUUACGAUGAAACACGAAUAAAUACGAAUUGCAGUCAAAAAGAACUAAAAUACUCAAAUUUCGCAUAAUAUCCUUAUUCUAUUACACUGUAUUUCCUGAAAAUCGAGAUUUUUUAUCUUGGUUAUUGAUUCUAAGGCGCACCAAACAAUGCGAUAUUGAGAAAUGCAAUUCAGAAGUAUAAUGUUACGAUUUAAAGUAUAAAUUUAUUCGCAUAAUUGUACAAUUAUCCGAACGAAGUGUUUAAAAUCCUCUAUUUGAAAUUAAACAAUAUCGCUGGCUAUUUUGCCGUACGUAAUUAAUCCAGUAACAUUAGUAUUUCAAACCGCGUAGUUUUGAAAUGUGUACAGUUGUUUUCGUGAUAUUCGAUAACUUGAUAUCAAAGUAUUUAUAUUUUUGUAUAACACGAAACAAUAACGAUAUUUUAUAUUUUAGAAAUCAACGCGUUGCAAGGUAACAUCUGCUGUUUCAAGUUUAUGCGAUAUGAUUGUCGGAAUUAUAAAUAUUCCAAUACAUGAUCUUGUCCUCGUUUCAGUUUGACUUGUUGCUAUUUAACUUCUUGGAACGCACCCUUUUCUAAAGAUAAGAUCCACGUUUAUGAGUAGAAAUUAUCAAUCGCUAGAAAAUUCGAACAAACGAAAUCAAAGUAAUUUAUUCAAUCGUUUGAUCUUUUUGUUUCAAUAACAACAAGCAUGAAAAAAAACAUGCUAGACGAAAUGAUAAAAUGAAAUACCGUUGUUAUCUAGAUUUAACAAUUUUAGUAUUAUUUGUAGCAAAUAUGUAUAGAUCUAUCGUUGUGUUCCUAUAGAAAAUAAUUUAUGUUCUAGCGAUAGAAGAAUACUGCUUUUAGCUGAAUUUCUUAGGGUGUCUGUUUUGCAUGACCAAUUAUAUUAUUUGUAAGAAUUAUCUUGCGUGUGAAUGUUUUAAAAACGUGAUUAUUAUACUUUGGAAUUAGAUGGUAGAAAAAGAUGACAAGUUAAUAUGUAA